AAAAGCGAACGGCAGCCAGCUUCAAGGGCUUAGCGGAGACUUUGGAAGCCGAGAGCGGAUCGUGGUCGCUUCUAUCCCCCACUCGGGGAGCGCCAAAAGACCGGAAGCGGGCGGGAAGCGAACCGGAAGUGGGAAUGGCGGGAAUGGCCAUGCAGAAGUAGAGGAAGAUGUUGACACGGAGGUCAUAAACAUUUAUUGGCAGCAACUUUCGGUUCCUGAAAGCAACACAGUUGACAGAGGGGAUCCAAGAUGCCCCACAUAGAUAAUGACAUUAAAUUGGACUUCAAGGAUGUCCUCCUGAGACCAAAACGGAGUACACUCAAAUCCCGGAGUGAGGUGGAUCUUAUGAGGUCCUUCACCUUCCGUAACUCCAAGCAGACCUACACGGGGAUACCCAUCAUCGCGGCCAACAUGGACACUGUGGGGACCUUUGAGAUGGCCAAGGCUUUGUGCAAGUUCUCUCUCUUCACGGCCAUCCACAAACACUGCUCUUUGCAGGAGUGGAAGGAAUUUGCAGCCCAGAAUCCAGAUUGUCUCCAGAACGUGGCCGCCAGCACCGGCACCUCCGACUUGGAGCACCUGGAGCGAGUCCUGGAGGCUGUGCCGCAGAUCCAGUAUAUCUGCCUGGACGUGGCCAACGGUUACUCCGAGCACUUCGUCCAGUUCUUGAGGGAUCUGCGGAAGAGGUUCCCCGAUCACACCAUCAUGGCCGGGAACGUCGUGACGGGCGAAAUGGUGGAGGAGCUCAUCCUGUCAGGUGCCGACAUCAUCAAAGUGGGGAUCGGACCAGGCUCCGUUUGUACCACCCGGAAGAAGACCGGGGUGGGCUAUCCUCAACUCAGCGCCGUCAUGGAGUGUGCGGACGCGGCCCACGGCCUCGGAGGACACAUCAUCUCGGACGGAGGCUGCCAUUGCCCAGGGGACGUGGCCAAAGCUUUCGGCGCUGGUGCAGAUUUCGUGAUGGUGGGAGGCAUGUUGGCUGGACACACCGAAUCCGGGGGAGACUUGAUUGAAAAAGAAGGCAAGAAAUACAAGCUUUUUUAUGGCAUGAGCUCUGAGGUGUCCAUGAAGAAAUACGCCGGAGGAGUCGCCGAAUAUCGGGCAUCGGAAGGCAAGGUGGUGGAGGUGCCCUUCAAAGGGGACGUGGAGCACACCUUGAGGGACAUCCUGGGCGGCAUCCGCUCCACCUGCACCUACGUGGGGGCUGCCAAGCUGAAGGAGCUCAGCCGCAGGACCACCUUCAUCCGCGUCACCCAGCAGGUCAACCCCAUCUUUGGCGGGGAGGAUCAGCCUUGAGACCGCUGGCCCUGGCUCCCUUCCCCAACCAGGCUGCUGGGGAGAUCAAACCCCUCGUGCCCCCCGUUCUAAUCCCCAAAUGCCAGUCAAGGCAGGAGGGCUCUUUCCUUUAGACGCAGGUUGGUUCCUCCGUAGUGCAGAAGCUGGCAACCUCCUUUAGGUCUUAUUCCUCUUAUUCCAGGCGCAGCAAAAACUCACUUUCUCCCACUUUUCCAUUCCGUGGGAAGGCAUUCCCUGCCCAUAGUACUGAUGACGUUCCCUAGUUGGGUCACGAAAUGUCUGCAAGGAAAUCACCCCGCUCAGAGAGCACCA